AUGGCCCAUAGAUUAAUCGCUAACGUUAUAUUAACAGGGGCUUCGGUAUUUGGCCGUGCCUUCACUGAAGCUUAUAGACAAGCAGCUAAAGCUAGUGCCUCCUCAGCUGCUGCUAGUGUCAACAAAUCACAAUCUGUUGGUGGUAUACCAGUUGAUGAAGCUUUGAAAAUUUUAGGUAUAGAGAAGAAAGAUAUUUCUUUAGAAAAGGUCGACCAAAAGUACAAUUACUUGUUUGACGUAAAUUCUAAAGAGAAAGGGAAUUCCUUCUAUUUACAAUCCAAAGUUUAUUAUGCUAUGGAUACUUUAAGAAAAGAACUAGAGUAUUUAGAACAAUUAAAGGAACAAAAAGAGAAGGGUAGUGAAGAAAAGUAG